AUGGCUUCUGAGCCCUCCCUCCGCCGUCUCGGCCCCAUGGAGCUUUACUCUUCAUCGCGCCACCACCUCGGAAUCUACCGCGCCGUAUGCAUCUCUGCGCGGUACGUCCCGCGGUCGUGCAUCGCAGGGCCGUCAUCUCCACGAUUCAUCGCCGCUCUAGCUGCCGUCGUACGUGCGCACCCGAUGCUCCGAGUCGGCAUCGCCGGUGAGCACAGCAACGCCGCAUGCUAUACUCACAUUUCUCGCAUCAAUCUGCAAGAGCACAUUCAUCUCGUACCCGUGCAGUGUGACUCGGAAGAGCAGCUAAACAGCGAGGUGGCGCGCGUGCAGGCCGCGCAACAUAACCAUCUCUGGGAGUCUACAGCUACCAAACCCCCCUGGCGAGUCACAAUCAUUCAAGAUCAAGACCGAGACUGCUACGACGUCAUGUUUUCAUUUCACCACGCUCUCAUGGACGGCACAAGCGGUCGUCUCUUCCACUCGCACCUCCUCGCCGCUCUCUCUUCAACUCCUCCUUCUCCCCCCUCCGCCGCCGCCAACGACGACCCCCUCCUCUCCUUCCCCGACCCUCCAGUGCUACCCGAUCCCCAAGAAGACGCCGUUGCAUUCACGCUCGGGCCUUUAUACAUGGCAUGCGUGCUCUGGGGCGAGUUCGCCCCUGCGAUGCUGAAACCCGCGCCGCGGUGCCCCUGGGGCGGCGAGCCAAUCGACUUUGCGCGGCCACAUGUAACGCGUAUCCGAGCCGUCGACAUUCCGCCUCAGCAGACCAAAGUACUGCUUGCUGCGUGCCGCGCCAACAAUACAACACUAACCGGGCUUCUACACGCGCUUGCCCUCGCCUACUUCAGCACUACGCUUCCAGAACAUGCGGCCGCGCCAGGCUUCUGCGGCGCGACGCCAAUGGGGCUGCGCAGCCACGCCCGCGACGCCUCUCCCACCGAUGCGCUCCGCGUGCUUCUCUGCUCCACGGAGCACUUCUUUUCCGGCGACGACGUGGCCGCUGUCCGCGCCGCCGCCGCCGCCGCCGACACCACGCUGACCACUGCCGUCGUCUGGGCCACGGCUGCGCGUGUCCGCCGCGAACUCGCCACGCGCAGCAAGACUCUCACGCACAACAACGUCGCCGCUCUGAUGAAACACGUCAGCGACUGGGGAGAGUUUCACGCGCGCCGCGACGGAACCGCGCGGACCCUAUCCUGGGAGGUCAGCAACGUCGGCGUGCUGGGGCAGACGGCGGCAGCGGCGGGGGGAGACGAUGCCGAGGCUCGAAUCAGCAGAAUCCUAUUCUCAAACGGCGCCAUGGUGACGGGUGCUGCGGUGGCUAUCAACGUGGCGUCGGCGGGACAGGGCCAGCUGGGUAUCGCGCUGUCAUGGCAGGAGGGCGUCGUGGAGGGGAGUCUGGUAGAGGGGCUGGGGAAAAUGUUGGAGAGGGGGGCGGAGAGGUUCUGCAGUACGGAGAAAUGGGUGUUUGGAAAUGAUGAGAUUGACGAAAUGGAUGCGGCGGAUAGGAGUAACAAACAGGAUAGACAAGAUGGUGUAGAAUCUGCUCAUCAUUGA